AUGAAAUAUAGCGUAUCCCUUAGCGUUGGCGACGCUCGGCAAAUGAGCCUUUGGGCCCUCGUGAUCUCUCUUCCUCUCGAUGCCAUCAAAAAGAUCGGGCGGUGUGGUUCCCCGUUACGCCCUUCGUUUCCCUUCUGGAUCUCGUUGUAUUUAGGUAUUUGAGCGGGGGAGAUAGCGGAAAACCUAGAGGAGGAGGAAGGACAGAGAGCUGCGAACUCCUGUUUCGUUGUGGUCCAACGGGCCGAAAUGGCGCAGAAGCUUCAGCAGCAGCUGAAGGAGGUGGGAUCGAAGCUCGAGAACCCUCCUGCGUCCAAGGACGCUCUGAUCAAGCUACUUAAGCAAGCUGCAAACUGUCUGUCUGAGAUAGAUCAGUCACCAGUGCCUUCAGUCUUAGACUCGAUGCAGUCUUGUCUUAACGCAAUUGCCAAGAAAGAAUUGCUGACACAUCAAGAUCGGGAUGUCAAAGUUCUCGUAGCAACCUGUGUUUGUGAGAUCACCAGAAUAACUGCGCCACAAGCUCCUUACAGUGAUGAUGUUCUGAGGGACAUAUUUCAUUUGAUUGUUGGUACCUUUGCUGGGUUAGGUGAUAUUAACAGUCCUUCAUUUGGGAGAAGAGCUGUUAUCCUGGAGACUCUUGCUAAAUACAGGUCCUGCGUUGUGAUGUUGGAUCUUGAAUGUAAUGAUCUGAUACAUGAAAUGUUCAGAACAUUUGUUUCAGUUGUCAGUGAUGAUCAUCCCCAGAACAUUCUUACGUCAAUGCAAACCAUCAUGAUGCUCAUUUUAGAUGAGAGUGAGGAUAUACAGGAAAAUCUUAUAACCACCAUACUCUCAGCUUUGGGCCAUAAAAGAAAUGUGUGUUCUAUGGCUGCACGGAGGCUUGCUAUGAAUGUUAUAGAACAUUGUGCAGGAAAACUUGAACCAUAUAUAAAGCAGCUUCUUGUGUCUUCAUUGUCAGGCGAUAACAGUUAUUUGAAUUGUUCUGUUGAUCAUCAUGAAGUCAUCUUUGAUAUAUAUCAGUGUGCACCCGAAAUUCUUUCGGGGAUAAUUCCUUAUAUAACGGGCGAGUUGUUGACAGACAAGUUGGAUAUUCGGCUUAAAGCAGUUCAACUACUUGGUGACCUAUUUUCUUUACCCGAAGUGCCUAUCUCUGAAGCUUUUCACUCGGUCUUCCUAGAGUUCUUAAAGAGAUUGACUGACAGAUUAGUGGAAGUCCGCUUAUCAGUGAUUGAACACUUGAAGAAUUGCCUAAUCUCCAACCCUUCCCGACCUGAAGCUGCUCAGAUUAUAGAGGCACUUUCUGAUCGAGUGUUGGACUAUGAUGAAAAUGUUCGCAAAAGAGUUGUUGCUGCAGUUUAUGAUGUAGCUUGCCAUUCAUUAAAAGCCAUUCCACCUGAGACUGCUAGUCUAGUGGCAGAGCGUGUCCGAGACAAAUCUUUGACUGUUAAGAAAUAUACCUUGGAGAGGCUAGUUGAUCUGCAUCGACUCUAUUGCUUGAAGAGCUCAGAUGGUUCAACAAACAUUGAUGAUUGUAAGUGGAUACCUGGGAAAUUAUUGAGAUGUUUAUAUGACCGCGAUUUUAGGUCAGAGGUGAUUGAACUUAUCCUUUGUGGAUCUUUGUUCCCUCCUGAAUUCUCUGUCAAAGAUAGGGUGAAACAUUGGGUUACAAUUUUCUCAGUAUUUGAUAAAUUUGAGGUUAAAGCUCUUGAGCAGAUUCUUGCACAAAAACAAAGGUUACAGCAAGAAAUGCAAAAGUAUCUGUCUCUUAGACAGGCAUACCAGGAAGAUGCCACUGAAAUCCAUAAAAGAACUUUUGGCUGCUUCAAGAGCAUGUCUCGCUUGUUCAAUGAUCCUGUGAAGGCUGAGGAGAAUUUUCAGUUUCUCAAUCAACUAAAAGAUGCCAAUAUUUGGAAAAUGUUGACAACACUACUUGAUCCAUCCACUAGUCUACACCAAGCAUGGUCAUGUCGGGAAGACUUGCUUAGGAUCCUUGGGGAGAAGCAUCCACUUUUUGAUUUUAUGGUAACACUUUCUUUGAAGUGCUCAUACUUACUCUUCAACAAAGAUUACGUCAAGGAGAUAAUAUCAGAAGCUGAUGCCCGACAAUCUGUUGGAGAUGUGAAACUUAUUUCUUCGUGCAUGAACCUACUUACGGUUAUUGCAAGCUACUCUCCAUUGCUUUUGUCUGGGUGUGAAGAAGAUCUUGUUUGUCUUCUGAAAGGGGACAAUGAAUUAAUUAAAGAAGGUAUUGCUCAUGUUUUGGCAAAGGCUGGUGGGACCAUUCGUGAACAACUGAUGUUGACAUCAAGCUCAAUUGAACUACUUUUAGAAAGGCUUUGUCUAGAGGGUACCAGGAAGCAGGCUAAAUAUGCUGUACAGGCCAUUGCAGCAAUAACUAAAGAUGAUGGUCUCAAAUCACUCUCUGUUCUAUACAAGAGGCUUGUGGAUACGCUGGAGGAUAAAACACACCUGCCAGCCAUCUUGCAGUCUCUCGGAUGUAUAGCGCAGACUGCUCUGCCAAUUUUUGAAACUCGAGAGGAUGAAAUUAUAGAGUUUAUAACGAGUAAAAUCUUGCACGACAGUAAUGCUGAUGAAAUUUCUUUAGAUAGUACUGAAUGGAGUGAAAGGUCUGAACUUUGUUUGAUAAAGAUUUUUGGCAUUAAAACAUUAGUUAAGAGCUAUUUACCUGCCAAAGAUGCCCAUUUGAGACCAGGAAUUGAAAACCUUAUGGAAAUUCUUAAAAACAUACUCUCUUAUGGGGAGAUUGCUCAGGGUAUUAGAUCAAGUGAUGUAGAUAAGGCUCAUAUGAGGCUUGCUUCAGCAAAAGCUGUUCUUCGCUUAUCAAGGCAUUGGGACCACAAGAUACCUGCUAAUGUUUUUUAUUCGACUUUAAGAAUUUCACAGGAUGCUUAUCCUCAAUCUAGGAAAUUGUUCCUAAACAAAGUACAUCAGUAUAUCAAGGAACGACUAUUAGAUGCGAAGUAUGCUUGUGCCUUUUUACUUAACAUUAAUGAUUGUCACUACCCAGAGUACGAAGAGUGUAAACAAUGUCUUCUUGAACUCAUGCAAAUAUGCCAGCAAGUUAAGAUACGUCAACUUUCUGCCCAAUCUGACAUGAAUUCGGCAACAACAUAUCCAGAAUAUAUUCUUGCAUAUGUGGUGCAUGUCCUUGCACAUGACCCUUCAUGUCCAAAUGUUGAUGAGUGCAUGGAUGUUCAGGCAUAUGAGACCACCUACUGGCGGUUGAGUUUGUUUCUUUCCUUGCUGUUGCAUGCUGAUGAAGGUUGCCAAUCUGAUGCAUUUUUAAAUCGUAGAAAGGAUAGCUAUAAUGCAAUCCUUUCUAUCCUCCAAAGUAUUAAGAACUCCGAAGAUGUUGAUGGAGUAAAAUCAAAUACUAUACAUGCUAUAUGCGAUCUUGGGCUAUUGAUUACAAAAAGAUUAGUGUCUGAUGUCACAGAGGUUUCAGGGUUUGAUGCAGUUCCAUUGCCAUGUAAGCUGUACAAACCUGUUGACAAAAGCAUGGAUGAAGACAUCAUGGAUGAUGACAAGAAGACAUGGUUGAGUAGUGAUAGUGCCUUGGCGCAUUUUGAAGCUCUUAAACUUGAAAGAAAAUCAAAGGGUGAUUCAGGUGCUGCAAAGGAUGGAAUGGUUUUGGAAGAGAAUGACGAGAAUGACAAUGAAGUUCCUCUCGGAAAGAUAAUGGAAAUUCUUAGAUCUCAAGGAGCCAGGAAGAAGAAGAAAAAGAAACCAGUUAAAAAGGAUAACUUACCUUCUGAUUUGGAAAAUAUUGAAAAUGAGUUUGACGUCUUGGGAGUGGUGAGAGAAAUAAAUUUGGACAAUCUGGAACGAGAACAAAUAAUGGAAACUGGCAAAUUGGUAACAGAUUCUGGAUGCAGAAGUGGGAAGAUGACUGAUAAAAGUAAUGAUGAAAAAGAGACAGUUUUUCCAAAAAGAAAACAUGAUGGAACUAGCACUGAGGUGGUGGUGGCUACUCCAAAACGCAAAAGGUCAAAUUCCAUGCAUAGAUCCAAUUCAGCAAAGGGUCAAAAAGAAAACAGAAAGAUUUCUCUCUCACGAUCAUUUGCCAAGGAUGAGACAGCACAUUCUUUGGUGGAACGAAGUUUAUAUGAGGACAUGGCUGAAACUACUACUUCGGACUUGUUAGUCUCUUGCUCACCAGGCAUCUCAUUCAAAAGAGUUAGGAAAGUUACUGACAGGUUGCAUGUUGAAAAGGCCAUGAACAGUACACCAGAGAAAUUGUCCUUACCAGAAGACAACAAAAAGAAAGAUGAUCGAUCCAAAAGCUUAUCUAGUUCAACUAAGAAGCGUAAAAGAAGAAGCAUUGCUGUUUUGGAAAAGUGUUCAUCGCAGAGUAAUCAGUUAAGUGAUGCUGAGUUGGUUGGUUCAAGAAUACGGGUUUGGUGGCCUUUGGAUAAACGGUUCUAUGAAGGUGUUGUACGUUCUUAUGAUUCAGGAAAGAAGAAGCAUACGAUACUGUACGAAGAUGGAGAUAUGGAAGUGCUUCAAUUAGGCAAAGAAAAAUGGGAAAUUGUCAGUAACACUGACACUCCUAGAAAGCAAGCAAAAUCACAACAUCCAUUGGCUUUUAAAGAUAAGUCACUUGACUUUGUAAAUUACAGAAGUGACCAUUCUGAUUCUGGACAAAGUAAGGAGACGAAGAAAAAGUCUUCCUCAUUCAAAGCUAAAAAAAGAGGUACUUCGAAAAAAGAUGCUGGGGAAAACAGCAAAAUAGUGUUAGAGAGUAAAAUCAGCGCAGACUCUAGUCUGGACAGUAGGGGCGACUCUGAUCUAUCAGAUAUCCACCCCCGCUCUGAAUUCAAUGAUGUCAAAUCAGAUAAAAUCACACAGAAGAAAGUAUCACCAGCCUCAGAAGUUGGGAAGCAAACAAAAACGAAAUUGAAUGAGUUAGCCAAAUCAUCAAAGGAAGAAUCACGAGAUUUUUCCAGUUCAGCUGGGAGGGAAGACUCGGAUGAUGAGCCUAUUAGUACAUGGAAGCUACGAGCAGGGAAGUCUGCCUGAAUCUUCAAACUCCAACCUGAUCUUCGACACUCACCUCAAGAUUUCAUGGUCAUGAUGGCUUCGAUGAAAUCACCCAAAAGAUAGUGAUACUACAACGUGGAUACAAAGAUGAAAGCUUUCUGUAAGAUAACAUAUGGCCCAAGGUUGGUGCAAAGUUUAUCCCCCCUGGGAAAGUUCCAUCGCUAGUGUUUCUUUGCAUAAACAAUCAAACUUCCUGUGGGCAAUUUCGUCUUCCAUCGACGAAUUAGUUGUGGGGUGUAGGUUAUGGAUUCACAAUCCAUUUUGUUUCUUCUUGUGUAGCCAGCAUCAUUAUCUUGUAUGCAAACAACUGACAGACCAGAUAAUCUGAAUGGAACUGAAUAGUUAGAACGUUGUUGAUUCA